CUGACGUCGUGCUUCUUUGCGUUAGUCGAGAGAACUGCAGAGCGAUUUCACCUAUAUUUCUCUACAGAGCGUUUUCAUUCCUAUAGUAUUUUAUCGUUUAUGCGUUCCCGAUUAAACACAUAUAUUAUGGCUGUAAUAGGACUUUGCAACGGAUAUUUUGGGAUGGGUUGUGCAGACCUUAUGUUAUAGCUUGCUCUGUGUGGACAUCACCGCCACCGUGGAAGAAAACGGCAGCUCAUGGCACCAGGCCUACACAAACUCGGGCACCAGCCCCCUUCCAGCACCACCCGAUAACUUGUGCAAGGCCUGCGGAGGCCAGUUUGACGCCGCAAGAACGCAUGUCUGCGUGGACUGCAAGAACAACUUUUGCAGCCGCUGCUCGGUGCAGAUGGAUCUCCGGCCGCGGCUGUGCCACACCUGUCAGCGGCUCCACUGCACCUUCUUUGAGCGGGCAGAGUUGAUGAGGCUGAAGGUGAAGGACCUCCGUGACUAUCUCCACCUGCACCAAACCCCCACGCAGAUGUGUCGAGAGAAGGAGGAGCUGGUGGAGCUGGUGCUGGCUCAACAGACUCCCAGAGGCAGCGGCAGUGCCCAAUCCCGCUCACAGCCGCCUGCGCCUCCUCUGCCUUCCCGUCCACUUGCAGAAUCUGAACCCCUCACGGAGGAGGAGGAGGAGGAGGACGAUGAAGAGGAGGAGGAGGAGGAGGAAGAAGCAGAUGGGGAAGAGGGUGAGGAAGAUGAUGAAGAUGAUGAGGAAGAGUCCACAGACAGCGAGGAGACGCUGGUGCACAGCAGAAGAGCCUCUCUGUCUGACCUGAGCAGGGUGGAGGACAUCGAAGGCCUCAGCGUGCGGCAGCUGAAAGAGAUUCUGGCACGCAACUUUGUGAACUAUCAGGGCUGCUGUGAGAAAUGGGAACUAAUGGAGAAGGUCACCCUCCUCUUUAAUGAUCAGAAAGACCUUCAUAACCUGGUGUCAAAUACAAAAACAGAAGCAGCUGAUCCUGCUGAGCCCAGUGGCCAGGAGGAGAACAUGUGUAAGAUCUGCAUGGAUUCCCCCAUUGACUGCGUGCUGCUGGAGUGCGGCCACAUGGUCACGUGCAGCAAAUGCGGGAAACGUAUGAACGAGUGUCCCAUCUGCCGACAGUACGUGGUUCGAGCCGUGCACGUCUUCAGAUCGUGAAAUUCGGGUGCAAAGAGACAGACUGCCCACUACAGGUUGUUGCUUUUUCACACAUUGAGCAACAUUUUGUCAACGUUUUCUUUGAUUAUGUUCCAUUUUGCGGCUUUAUUUACAAGUUUACAUGAUUAAAUGCACUU